AUGGCGUGGGGGUGGAGCCGGUGUGGCAGGGUGGAGAGGUGGGGGAGUGUGUGUCAGGAACUUUCCGAGCAGCUCCCUCCUCCCGGGCCCGCAGAGGCCUCGCCAGCCGUGGUCCAGGCACGGGCGCCCAGGCUGCGCGCCAGCGCGUGGCACCUGCGGGACAGGAAUAUCUUGAAGACCGUGGUGCUGGGUCAGAUGCUGUCCUUGUGCAUAUGCGGGACGGCCAUCACCAGCCAGUACCUGGCGGAGCGGUACAAAGUGAACACGCCCAUGCUCCAGAGCUUUAUCAACUAUUGCUUGCUGCUGCUUUGUUACACGGCGAUGCUGGCGUUCCAGUCAGGUAGUGAUAACCUCCUGUACAUCUUGAAGAGAAAAUGGUGGAAAUACAUCCUGCUUGGACUAGCGGACGUGGAAGCCAAUUACCUGAUCGUCAGAGCAUACCAGUACACGACGCUCACCAGUGUCCAGCUGUUGGAUUGCUUUGGGAUUCCUGUGCUGAUGGCGCUGUCGCGGUUUGUUCUCUACGCGAGGUACAGAGUGAUCCACUUCGUGGCCGUGGCUGUCUGUCUGCUGGGCGUGGGGACCAUGGUCGGCGCCGACAUUCUUGCAGGGAGGGAAGACAGCUCAGGCAGUGACGUGCUGAUCGGUGACAUCUUGGUCCUUCUCGGGGCCUCCCUUUAUGCGGUGUCUAACGUGUGUGAAGAGUACAUCGUGAAGAAGCUGAGCAGGCGGGAGUUUUUAGGAAUGGUGGGCUUGUUCGGGACCAUUAUCAGCGGCAUACAGCUGUUGAUCGUUGAAUGUAAGGAUAUUGCCAGCAUUCAGUGGGACUGGAAAAUCGCCCUGCUGUUUGUGGCCUUUGCCCUCUGUAUGUUUUGCCUGUACAGCUUUAUGCCACUGGUGAUUCAGGUCACUAGUGCCACGUCUGUGAACUUGGGCAUCCUGACAGCUGACCUAUACAGCCUUUUCUUUGGACUCUUUCUGUUUGGCUAUAAGUUUUCGGGGCUCUACCUCCUGUCCUUCACCGUCAUCAUGGUGGGGUUCGUCCUCUACUGCUCCACCCCCACGCGCACGGCCGAGCCGGCGGAGAGCAGCGUGCCCCCCGCCACCAGCAUCGGGAUCGACAACCUCGGGCUGAAGCUGGAGGAGAACCUGCCGGAGACCCCCUCCGUGGCCCUGUAGCUGGACAAGAAGGGGCGCGCUCGCCUGAGGCUUCCAGGGACCCGGACCUGUCACCGGGAGGAAGCAGAGCCCUUUGGGCACGGAGGGGACACUUGGGAAAUUGGUAGGUGGGGAGCGAGCACUGUAGCAUUGAAUCGGAUCCAGUGCUUAGAUUUUUAUAAAGGAAUACAAAAUGAUUGUAUCAAAAGUAGAAAUACGAAAAUAGAGAAGACCAGGUGGCCGGGAUCGUGCAUCUGUCUGAGGGCUAAUGCCUGUUAGUGCCAGGGAGACAGGUGUGCCCUGCACUGGAGUCUCGGAGACACAGGUGGGAGAGCCAUCGGGGGUGACAACCAGGCACGACCCCGCCUCAGGGCAGGGCCUGAACGUGGGCCGUCCAGCUGGGCUGGGCGCUCAGGACUUGGAGGAGUCGGGUGGUUUGGGAAGUUUCCACAUUUAGAGGCCUCUGGGGUUGGUCUCACCGAGUCGUUGUCCACAAGCCUUGUGGCCUGUGUCCCAUAGUGCAGCCUGGUGAUUGCAUGUGGUGGCAGGGUGGGGUAGCCCUUGAGAAAUCCUGAGACACAAGUGUGAGUAUCAUAGAUGCAGGAAAGGGGGGGUCCUCACAGUAGACGGAGGAACACCCGCUCCACCGUUCAAAGACGAUUCCACACUACUUCUCACCAAGUAACGCAUCAGCCACCACUGUGUCACUUUACAAACACUCUGUAUGUCAACUUUUUUGGUAAUGUACUAAAGAAAUUGAGGGUAAGUGUUCAUGCUAUUAAAAGAUCUUGAUUUCAUGGAAAUGUA